UUUUCCACCCACACGUACCAUUGGUCCCCUUCUGCAGCAUUGGGACCACCCCCUUUAUAACCCACCGGAGGAUCUGACUCCUUCAGUUUGCUGGACUGUGUCUCCAGACCAGUCAGGUCUCCUGAGGUUCAGUGCUGAGAACAUGAGGGUCGCAGAAGGACUCACUGUGUGCGUCACAGCGCUCCUGCUGGUCACAGUCUGUACUGCAGGCCCACAAGCAUUAUCUGUCGCCACUAUAAAGCAAGACCCCUACACCAUGACCCAAGGCUCCCAGAUGGAGGGCUUCUGCAUCGACCUCCUGUCCGCACUGUCCAAGAGGCUGGAGUUCAAGUACAACCUGCACCUAGUGAAGGACGGCAAAUACGGCAGUGUUCAGCCGGAGACCGGCCAAUGGAGCGGCAUGAUCGGGGAGGUGAUCAGAGGAGAGGCUGACCUGGCGGUGGCUCCCCUCACCAUCACGGCGUUGCGGGAGCGGGUCGUGGACAUGACCACGCCCUUCAUGCAGACCGGCAUCAGCUUCAUCCUGCGCAAGGACAUGGUGCGCAAGGACGAGGGCGGCUACUUCCACUUCCUGUGCCCCUUCUCCACCGAGGCCUGGGUGGGGAUCCUCGCGGCGUACCUGGUGACGGCCCUCAGCAUGUGCAUCGCCGCCCGGCUGAGUCCCUGUGAGUGGGCCCAACCCCAGGAAGAGGACAACAGCUUCACACUCCUACACAGCCUCUGGUAUGCUGUAGCAGCCUUCACUCUGCAAGGUGCUGGCCCACAUCCCAAAUCCCUGUCUGGACGUGUGAUCAGCGCCAUCUGGUGGCUCUUCACAGCAGUAGUCCUGGCCUCUUACUUUGCCAACCUCUCUGCCAUGCUGCACUCCAACACCAAACACGUUGAUUUAGAGUGCUUCGAGGACCUGGCCAACCAGGACGUCAUCGACUACGGAUCGAUUGGCAGUGGCUCCACAUUUUACUUCUUCAAGUACUCCGACAACCCGGCGUACCGCAGGAUCUACGAGCACAUGGAGCGGAAGAAGAGCUACGUCAGCUCCAUGGAGGAGGGCAUCCGCCGGGCCCUGGAGGGGAACUACGCCUUCAUCGGGGAGUCCGUGUCCCUGGACCUGACCGCGGCACGCCACUGCAACCUCACACGCAGCCAGGCCGUGGUGGGCAUGAGGGGCUACGGCAUCGCGGGCCCCCUGGGCUCUCCUCUGGUGAAGAACCUGACCAUCGCCAUCCUGGAGAUGAGUGAGUCCGGCAGGAUGGACAUCCUGCUCAGGAAGUGGUGGACCAGCAGCUGCUGGGGAGAGGGGGACACGGACUCCCCCCUGAAGCCCCACACUCUGAAGGGCAUGUUCCUGGUGCUUGCCCUGGGCCUGGCGCUGGGGCUCCUGCUGGCUCUGCUGGAGCUGGCGUCCAAGUCCCAGAGCAGUGCCAAGGACCAGAAGAAGUCCUGCUGCACUGUGCUGUCUAACGAGCUCGGCCAGCGUUUCAGGGGCAGAGGCGAGGAGCAGAGUUCAGAGAGCCCGGAGAAGGGCAAAGUCUGAUCAGUGCUUCAGUUGCCAGGCUUCAUUUCCACACCGACAGCACAGCGGCCCGACUCUGAGAGAAUCCAUUAAUCCUGACUGGAAGACCGCUGCUUGUUAGUUGAUGAUGACUGUUGUCUUUUACAAGCUUCUGCCAUUCCACUGCUACCACUGAGAAAUGCCUUCCAGUACGUUCAACAUUACAGUGUGAGCUUUUCUUAAACAUUAGAGAAUUUUCUUGAUAGAAGAUGUAAUCUCCUCUGCAGUCCCCGUAUUUUUUGUAUUUUCAGUAUGACUGUUAUAGAUACAGUAUUUUUUAUAUUACGUGCUAAAUCUAAUCAGGACAACGAUUCACGUUUUUUGGGUCAGUACUACUGUAUUCUUUUGAUGCCUUAACAUCAAUCCACAUUCUGCUAGUGAAAUAAAACCUCCAUGCCUUCA